CUCCUGUUUCUGGGGACAGAGGUCAAGAGGCAACUGUCACUGAAGGAAACUGAGCGACUGUUUCCAAGACGGCAAGCACCUGGGGGGGGCAGCCUGAAGUACCGACGGAAAGCGUAACUUCCCUAAAUGACUUAUAAUGGUUUCCAGCUGUCAGAGAAGGUUGUGGAUGCCAAGAGAAAGGUAACAGCUUCUCAUCCCCUGGAGCAGAAUCGGACGCCUCUAGGAGCCCACACUGGCUGGCAGUAGACAUGGCUGAAGUUACAAGCUACAAGGAAACCGCCUCCAGCCGUCACUUGCGGUUUAAGUUACAGAGUCUAAGCCGCCGCCUUGAUGAGCUGGAGGAAGCCACCAAAAACCUCCAGAAAGCAGAGGAUGAGCUCCUGGAUCUCCAGGACAAAGUGAUUCAGGCGGAAGGCAGCAACUCCAGCAUGCUGGCUGAGAUUGAAGUGCUGCGCCAGCGGGUGCUGAGAAUUGAAGGCAAGGAUGAGGAAAUCAAGAGAGCAGAGGACCUUUGUCAUCUGAUGAAGGAGAAGCUUGAAGAGGAGGAAAACCUCACCCGGGAGCUGAAAUCUGAGAUUGAGCGGCUUCAGAAACGAAUGGCUGAAUUAGAGAAGCUAGAGGAGGCCUUUAGCAGGAGUAAGAAUGAUUGUACCCAGCUUUGUUUGAGCCUGAAUGAGGAGAGAAAUCUGACCAAGAAAAUCUCCUCUGAGUUGGAAAUGCUCAGAGUCAAAGUGAAAGAACUGGAAUCUUCUGAGGACCGCCUGGAUAAAACUGAGCAGAAUUUAGUGUCAGAGUUAGAGAAGCUCAAAGCAUUAACUCUGAGCUUUGUAAGUGAGAGGAAAUACUUGAAUGAAAAGGAGAAAGAGAAUGAGAAAUUGAUAAAAGAGCUCACACAGAAACUGGAGCAGAACAAAAAAACGAACAGAGAUUAUACAAGGAAUGCUUCCAAUCUGGAAAGGAACGACCUCCGGAUUGAGGACGGGAUCUCGUCCACACUGCAGACCAAAGAAUCCAGAAGGAAAGGCACUCUGGACUACCUGAAGCAGGUAGAGAAUGAAACAAGAAACAAAUCCGAAAAUGAAAAGAACCGAAAUCAGGAAGACAACAAAGUCAAAGACCUUAACCAAGAGAUUGAGAAACUGAAGACGCAAAUCAAACAUUUUGAAUCCUUGGAAGAAGAGCUCAAGAAAAUGAGAGCCAAGAAUAAUGACCUUCAGGAUAAUUACCUCAGCGAACAAAAUAAAAACAAAUUGCUAGCCAGCCAGCUGGAGGAAAUAAAGUUACAAAUCAAGAAGCAGAAGGAGUUAGAAAAUGGGGAGGUGGAAGGGGAAGAAGCUUUCCUGUCCAGCAAAGGCAGACAUGAGAGGACUAAGUUUAGAGGCCAUGGGAACGAGGCACCUGUGUCCAAGCACACAGCCCGGGAGCUCUCUCCUCAGCAUAAGCGAGAAAGACUCCGAAACAGAGAGUUUACUCUCAACAAUGAAAACUACUCCCUGAGUACCAGGCAGGUCUCCUCUCCCAAUUUUGCCAGCAGAAGGGCAGCCAAGGCUUCCAAUACAGGGGCAGGUACAGACAGUGGGACUCAGGACACAAAGAAAACCGAGGACCGAUCUGCCCCUGGAUCCUCCCAGAGUGAGGGGAAGAAGUCCAGGGAGCAGCCAUCGGUGCUUAGCCGCUACCCCCCAGCUGCCCAGGAGCACAGUAAAGUUUGGAAGGGAACUCCCAAGUCAGGCACUGAGAGUGGUUUGAAGGGAAAAGUAGAGAAGGCAACACGAACGUUUAGUGACACCACACACGGAUCUGUUCCCAAUGACAUAUUAGGCAGAGCUGAAAAGGCUUCUGACACCUCCUCUGAGGCCCUCAUUGGCAAGAGGGGACAGGUGCCUGGCAAUGGAAGCCAAAUAACUCAGGCUGCAGACUCUGGCUGUUCUAAAGCCGUUGGCGCUCUGGCCUCAUCUCGAAGAUCUUCCUCGGAAGGACUCUCUAAGGGCAAAAAGGCUGCCAAUGGCCUGGAGGCUGACACUAGUUCCCCAAAUUCCAAGGCUCCUAUUUUAUCAAAGUAUCCUUACAGCUCCAGAAGCCAAGAAAAUAUCCUUCAGGGCUUUUCAACCCCAAAUAAAGAAGGCGCAGAUCAUGCCGGAGCAGGUGUGACGGAAGACGGCCAACAUGAAGCCCUGAGGUACCGUGUCAUCAAAUCCAGUGGCAAAGAGAAGCCAGACUCGGACGAGGACUUGGACAUAACAUCUCUUGUAACUGCCAAGUUGGUAAAUACAACCAUCACUCCAGAGCCAGAGCCCAGGCUACAACCUAACUCUAGAGACAAGGCCAAAUCCCGAGGGGGACCCCGAGCCGCCCUAUUUGAGAAUGAUAAAGAUGCUGGAGCAGAAAGCGAAUCUGUGAAACCUGUCAGAGGCUCCACCAAUGCUGUAGAGUUCCCAGAUGCCAAUGGUGCAGGAGCAAAAAGCCAAAGGCCCUUCAGCCCCAGAGAGGCCUUGCGGUCCAGAGCUGUCAUCAAACCUGUCAUCAUUGAUAAAGAUGUGAAAAAAAUCAUGGGAGGGUCUGGCACCGAAGCUAUUUUGGAAAAACAGAAAUCCACCUCCAAACCAGGGCCAAACAAAGUCACAAGCAGCAUCACUAUCUACCCCUCUGACAGCAGCAGUCCUCGAGCCACCCCAGGUGACACCCUGAGGGAGAGGCACACAUCCACCAGCAACAUCCAGGUCGGCCCUCCAGAGCACGCGUCUGUUAGCAACCACGUCGGCUCCCCGUUCGAGCUCUCCAUUCACAAACACGACAUCACACUGCAGCUGUCCGAAGCUGAAAGAACGGGAGAUGGGCCCCUAAAGAACAGACCAGAAACAGUGGUCUCUCGAAGCAGCAUUAUAAUCAAGCCAUCGGAUCCUGUAGAGAGGAAUAGCCAUGCACCCCCAGCGGAGACAAUCAGGUGGAAAAGCCAUAGUGCCCCUUCAGAAGUGGGCUCCUCAGAUGCCAGGCAUGUUACUGUGCGGAAUGCCUGGAAGAGCAGGCGAGACUUGAAAUCUUCUUUAGAAGACACCCCAACUCGAAUAGGUAAAAACGUGGAAUCUACCAAUGCCUACACCCAGAGGUCUUCCACAGACUUCUCAGAACUGGAACAGCCCAGGCCCUACCUUUCUGAGCAGGGUACUCGAAGAGUAGGAAACUCAGGGGAUGCCUCUGAGCUCUCUUCCAGAAGGACCCAAAGUAGCCUCACUGUCUCAGAGGUACUCACCCGUCGGAACCGGGUAGGAGAUCCUGUCCCGGCUGCAGCCUGGAACCACUCGGCAGGCAUGGAGGAAGGUGAAGACUGCACACUCAGUGUCUACAGGCGACUGCACAGCUCCCUGGAACAGUCUGAAAUGCCCGUGAAGCAGGGGCUACCAGAUGCUGGGCGAGUGCGGGUGGAGGAACGAUUACGGCCAGCCAGGCCCUGCGCUGAGGAAAACUGAGCCAGCUGGGCAAGUUCUGCUGUCUCCUCCGCCCUUCCUCUCAGCUCUUCCACGUUCCUGCCCUGUGAAGGAUCCAGCGAACUGGACUAGGCACAAGGCCUCGGCUAGGAGACCACGGUAGAGAGCUGGGCUGUAGCUCAGGUAAUUUUUGCCAGUUGGCUGGAGGCGGUCAGAAACGACAUGCUGGACAGUCUUCCAGUCCCAACCUUCCCUGAUGCAUGAGUCCUCUCUUCCUGUCACUGUCACCCAGGUAAUAUAGUCAGCUCUGGCCCCUAAUGGGGACAAUACAAACCCUCCACAUGACAGCAACCAAAAGACCUCUGUUCCUUGGGCUGUUUCCGUAUCACAGAGCAGCCCCUUCUGUGUGGUUAAUGUCCUGACUUCUCACUCUCCUCUCUGUAUCCAGUUCACUCCUUAUCUGCUCUGAGGGCCCAAGUCCCCACUGACUCAACAGUCAUCAGCUUUAUCUGGGGGGCUUCAAUCCCUUUCCUCUGGAGUUAUCAGACUUUCAAAACAGUAAGAUUUGUUCUGCCUUUAAGGGACUACAUGAGUACCCUUUAGAUUGAAGCUUCUGACCUGGCCCCCUGGCUUACCAUUGCUCCGUGGGGGCAAGCAUGCAGAUACCCACUGGAAUGACAUCACUGCCCCCCCCCUUCUGCACACCUUCCAAAGGCACCUGGCAGUGCACAAGCUUUAUGCACCUCCUUCUCUGGGUACCCGUAAUGCUGCUGGCAUCGCCUACUCUUCAUCCUGUGGCUAGAGACUUCAGGCUGACUUCAUCGCUUCCACUUUGGCAAAAUCCCUCGAUUAAGCUGGGCCUGACCCAGCAUACUCUGCCUUCUAGGAAGUGCCCAGCAAAGGGGAAAGCAGACAGGAAGAAGUGACUUCCCUUAACUCACUCCACAAGCAAUAGCCCCACGACAGGCAUGGACCAUGAGAAUACUCCCUCCUGUUCUUCCUCCUUCAUCCCCCACGAAGGAGGUAUCGCACUUUACCAAGCUGAUGCAUUCCUGCAGAAGGGCCCAUACUGUCUCUAAGUCAGCUGUCGUUACGGUGACUUCACUGGAGGAAAGGUGACAUCCCCAUCGAGGGCCUCAGGCUUACACAGUUCAAACUGCGGCAAACCUUUCAGAAAGCCACACAAAAAUACUAGUUACACCGAUCACGUGGGGAAGUUAAAAACAACUGUGUACUCUUGGCACUGCUUUUCCUAGAGCAUUCUCAAUACAAAGGGAAUCCCCUUUCAGAGGCUACUUUUAUGAAGCGUGUCUUCAUAUCAGAAGAGAGCAUUAGACUAGGAGUCUUGGGACGCUUCAUUUUUAUUCAUGGCUUUAUUUCCGUGCUGUAUGAUUUUGGGUGAGCCAUUGUCCUCUUGGAGCCUCCGCUUCCUUACCUGUAGAAUGAGUUCUUUGGAGUGGGUGAUCGCUAGGGCUCCAAGGCCUUUAGAACCUGGUAUUCUAAGGUUCUUGUUUUUACUAUCCAGUGUGGAGUGAUUCUUGCUUUUGAAAGUGUCAUCUACGUGGAUUGGGGAACGUGUCUUUCCUCUUGCCCUCAGUUGUUUGUCUGGGCCUUAUAUGCUGUAUUGGGUCAUCAGAAGUCAUGACACAUUUUUGCACAGAAAAAUACAUUGUGACUUUUCCAGUGACCAUUUGCCCCAUGUUUUAAUCCCAUGGGGAUGAGUUUAGAGAUGUUUCUUAGGUCUCAGUUUUCUAGUCUGUAAAGAGAAGGGAUUAGUCCAGAUGGUCUCCAAGGCCCUUUGUGGCACCAGCCUUGACCAAUGCCACACGGUAUCUUUUGGCUUUAGAACACAAGUCUAUAUGUGUCCGUCCCUGUGCCUCUCCUGUGAAAUUCUGCUAAGAGGAGUCAAGGCUCCCUAGAGAGGACUUUCUUCUCUGCCUCCCUCAGCGUGCGAACCAGCAUUCCUCCCUCCCUGUCUGCAGUCACUGCAAUUCUGAGGUGCCCCAGGGAGCACCUGCUUUACUUUCAGACACACGUGUAUCUUGCUCGGAUGUCUGUUUUCCGGAGUUUUGUCAAUCUAAGGGCAUGGCAUGUGGCUUGCCUGUGCCCUCCACAUCCCCACCUCAGAUGUGCAACUUAAGAUGCUGUUUCCAAGACUUCCUGCUGCUUCUCCUGGUCACUGGCUCACUCAAGGCUGCAAUCACUCCCUCAUAGCCUCUCUGCCAUUCUUCACUGAUCGGCAGUCCCGAGGGUUCCACGGAAAUUGACCUCUGUGGUGGUCAAUUAGAGCAGAGGAAACUGAGUCAGUGGCUCUUCUCUGCUGAUGGAAACAAGGACGCCAAGUCAUGCCUAAAAAGAUCUCGCCAAUAAUUCUCAUCUUCAGAUUUUGGAGCCUUGGAUUCUGGUGCUGUAGCUCCUGGUGCCAAAGUCUGGACCUUUCCACAUCUCAGCAGCACCGAGAUCUGCUAUCAGAAUGCUCUGUGGAAGAGCCACAGCUGUGGGGCCCUUCACUAGGGCUGCCAUCUUGAAAUAUGAGUGCAAUAAGGUUUGAUUGUAACAAUUAUUUCAGGAUAUUUUGUUUCUUUAAUCUGUACACUUUCUAAAACCGCUGUAAAAGAAAUUUUAUUUUUAAAUGUCCUCAGCAUUGCAGAAAAAAACAUUGUAAUAACAAAUGAAGGCUGGAGGCACUGUUCCUCUGGACUUCAAAAUGCUGGCAAGGCUGGCUCUCAGGCUGGCUUUUAAAGGUCCAAAGUUAAAAGGCAUGGUUCUGCAAAGCAACCAAGGUGUGACUGGACCUAAGCCUAACAAUCAGAGAUCUAGAGGGAGCCUCUGAGUUAAGGGGAUACCCGGUUGUUGAAUAGUUGUCUAAUGAAGCCAAAUAUUCCUACUGCCCCAGCCAACAAAUGAUGACAAGCCACAUCGACAUUUCACUGGCAGGUAUACGAGUGGGAGGGUUUCCGGUGAGGCUGGAGAGCCUGGCACUACAGAGCUGCUGGGCUGGAAGAAGUAGAGAUGGCUAAAUGCUAGGAGCCAGUCCCUUCCACCUGCUGCUUCCUGUCUCUUGCCACCCUGCUACUGAAAUAGCCAGGCCAAGCUGCAGGGUGGUGACAGAGCGGCUGUGGCUGUUGGCUUCUAGUAGCGGUGAGAGUGGAGUCACGGACUCCACAUCAGCUGCAGACAAGCUUGCACGUAAGUCAUCCUCUAUGGGGGGGCGGGGGUGGGGUGCUAUAGCAUUCUUGGACUUGUCCUGAGGCAGUUUUAAGUUUUAGUUAUAUUUAGUCAGUGCCAAGUGCUACCCCUUCCCAGAAAAGGAGUAGGGGCCCAGAAGUUCGGUCCCUGGCUGCCUUUGUUGGCGAGGGUUUAUUUUUUCCUGUUGUUACUAUAACAAGACUGCUUUGGAAGAGCUGCUUUUAGGGAAUAUCUUUUGAGUACCCCAAGUGGGGAACAGGGUUCUCCUCAAAGCCUCACAGCCAAGAUCAUAGGAAAGGGGCCCUAUUUUCCUGCUGCUUCACAGCUCAGAACAUGUACUGAAUGGAAUGUAUUUUUAAGAGAAUAAAGUCUAUUUUUUUGUAUCUUAAAGAUUGGGAGGGCUAGGAAGGUAGCUCUCAAAUAAACUGUUAUUGCAUUACAGGCCCCCUUGCUGGGGGUGUCAGCCUGUCAGCCCACACCUACUUGCUCAGGCAGGUGCUUUGGUCUCACCCCUGCUCCUUGGAGUCUAGGUGCAGCAGCUUCUACAUUCCUGCCCCAAGCACGGGACCAAGGAGGCCAGGACCUGUCGCUGGAGACCAGGGCACAGCCAUGAGCAGCAGCUCAGGGCUCCUGGGUGCAUGUGUAUAGUUGAAGCUGCCUGUCUGCAUGUAUCCUCCGGCUCUAACGCUCCCUGCUGGCUCUGCAGCACAGUAUGUAACCAAUAAAGCUCCCUAGUUUCCACAUG